AUGUUCCGUUCACCACACCCAGACACACAUACAACUACACGAACAAAUAGUUUACACGAUUCGCUUAUUGAUUUACAAAAAAACAUACAUCCGGAAGAACUUACAAAUCCAUACGCAACGUCUGACAAUCGGAUAGCCAAGUAUCCCAUCAAAUUUAAAAAAACGGAACGUGUGGACCGUAGUAGAAAUCAAGGGAUUGCUGAAAUGCUACUUGGCAAGAAAGGAGGAGUUCCUACAUGCGAGAAAAAAGCGAAAUGCUUAUGCCCACGUCUUGGAAGACAUGGUGGUUUCACCGAUCCAUCGACGACCCCAGUAGCCUUAGAAGGAAAGAUGCGCACUCUGUUGUCUGCAUACAAGUGUGCAAAAGACAACGCAAGCAGAACCGGUGCCGCACCAUGCAUUGCUCCGAACAUGGAUGAGAUGGAGGAGAUUUUCGGAUACAGUGCGCUGCUUUCCAAUAACCACACGCUUAAUGUGGGUCGUUGUCGAGCACAACCAGUUGGAACGCCACCACCACCUCAACAGGCAGAUUCCCCACAACCAGCACUACCCUCACGUCCGAUAGCAUCAUUUUCACAGCCCCCACUGCCCCACCGUCCAACAGCACAGCCAUCAAGAUCCCUGCUGCUAGCACCACCCCCAAGUCCAGCAGCAUCAGCACACCCAGCAAGAUCCCUACUCCUAGUACCGUCCCAACGUCCAGCAGUUUCACAUACAGCAUCAGCACUAUCUGCGUACCCAACAACAUCCCCACUUCUACGAGCAUCUCAACACCCAACAACAUCCCACCUUGCAGCAGCAUCCCCAUACACAGAACUAUGUCCGCAACCAAUAUCCCCACAACCGGCUGUUUCGCCGUCCCCACCUACAUCCCCACAUCCUGAAUCAUCUCAACAACCACCAUCCCAAGAAGCAGAAUCGCCACAACCAGUAACAUCAAAACGUCGCAGGAAAACAGCUCGAGAAAGAUAUUACGAGGAAAAACUUAUAUUAAAAGAAAGGAAGUUAGAGGAGAAGAAAAGAUUCCACGAUUCGGUAGUGAAAAUGAUGAGAGAAGUAGAAAUGAAAAAAACUUGA